GUCACUGCACGCUGUCGCAAGUGCACCUGCAUUGGCGACCAAGUGUUCGAGCCCGUCAGGCCCGGCAUCACCGGCACCUCGUCAGCCACGCUCCGUUCGCGACUUCUUUGAUGCCACGAAUGGCUGUUUGCAGCAGCUGGUGGCAGAAAGCAACAGCAAGGCGGAGGCUGCCAAGUCACUCAGCACUCUUGCGAUGGUCCUCCUGAACUUGCUGAAAGAUCCCAGCUCUGAGAAGAACCGGAAAGUGAACACUUCCAGCUCUCGAUUCAGCGAGAUCUUCCGGAACAACAGUGCUGCGGCAAAGCUGCUCCAACUGGCAGGCUUUAGUUUUCAGCAUCCCAACUUCGUGUUUGGUGACCAGCAGGCGGAAUCGAACACGGAGGAUGCCCAACGCACCUUGGAACUCGUCCAAGACGCCCAAAGGAACUUGGACCAGACCUGGGCUUCCAGAGCGACGAAUGCGGUGCCAGGGGCCGAGGAGCCGCGAGGUGCAGUGGCCUCGCAAGGAGAGGCUCCGGCGCCUUCCGCCGCCGCGGCAGGUGCCGCUGCUGCUGCCGGAACGUCAGCCUCACCGCCUGUGGCGCCGGCGGUGGCACAAGCGCCUGCGCAAGCGGUAACGGCUGCGAGGCCCUGGGCGAGCGCGCGGCCUUCCGCGGCGGCGCAAUGGGCGAGCCAAGCCCGAGACAUCCAAAGCGAGGAAGCACCGGCUGCACAAGCGGUAACCUCCGCGGGGAGUUCUGGCGGAUUGCCUGGGCCGCAACCGGCGCAACCGGCCCACCCUGCAGAAACCUUACCUCCUGCCAUCGCACAUCCCGCAGAGGCUCCAGGCCCUUCGGCUCCCGCGGCUCCGCAUCUUCCAAAUCCAACCCCACCUCUCCUCACGGGUCCUCCCAUGCAACAGCAGCAUAUGCACUUACCCAUUGCUCAUCCAGCCCAAGCAGCUGCCGUCGUGACAGCAGCACACCCUGCCGAAGGUAUGUCACAGCCACCUGCACAGCCACAGCCAGCGGCCCAUCCAGCAGAAGCCCCACAAGCAGCGCACCCAGCAGAAUCCCAGAAUCCUCUUGCUGCUCAAGCAGCACAUCCGGCAGAGGCACAUGCUGCCCACCCGGCGGAGGUGCCGAUGGCUCACCCAGCGGAGUCGACACACGAGGUAGCGGCACCAGCUGAUUCUGGCGCAUCCGAAGAGCCGCAAAGCGGAGGUUGA